UCGAGCACACGACCGACGUAGGCGAAGGACAAGCCACUAGCGCACCCGACGAGCAGGACGAGGAUGCGCACGUUCCCGCGAAGACGGACAGCAUGGAUAUGGCGGUUGAACGAGCUCUUGAUAAUCGCGCUCCAGAUAUCGACGCCUCCGCGAAUGGCAGCAUCCCCGCGACUGGUCAGCAGCGUGUCCAGACGGCGAAGGAGCAGACUAUUGGGGAACUCAAAGAGCAGGCUAUGGGCUUGAGGGACCGGGAACGCGAAGACGAUGUUGACGAAGCUCCUGAGGUGCCUACUGAGCAGCUUAAGAAGGCGGAUGCGCCAGUCGGAUCAGCAGACGAUGGUGUUGGCGAUGUCCGUCGGAUGACCGACGCCGUUGCUUGCGCCGUCCACCAGACGCGCGACGCCGCUGUCGGUGUCGUCCACCAAACGCGCGACGCCGCUGUUGGCGCCGCUCGCACCACCGCUGACGCCUCAACCUCCACCGCCGACGCGCGCGUGCACGCCGCUCCUACGACCUCCUCCGUCUCGAUCUUCGCCGCUCCCUCGACCACCUCUGUCUCCACCCACGCCUUCCCCAAUACCACCGACGCAUCCAUAACCGCCUCGCCCACCACCGCCGACGCAGCGACGAGCACGAUCCGCGAGGGGUACCGCGAUGUGGGCGUACAGGCGCGACCAUCAACGAGCAGCGGUGGCGUGCAGGUGCGACCGAGAAUGGCGAGCGGCGGUGUGCAGGUGCACCCCGCGACGAUGAGUAGUGGUGUGCAGGUGCGACCGGCGGUGGGUGAGGGGGGCGUACAGGUGCGACCAUCGACGGCGAGCGGUGGCGUGCAGGCGCAGCCAUCGGCAGGCGUGCAGCUGCAGCCAGUCAUGCCGCCCACGACGAUGAGCAAUGCGC